UGGUCACUGUAUGAAUUUUACAAUGCUUGUGACGCUGACUCACCUUAUCCUAUCAGGAAACAGAGGAGCUAUAAAUCAUGCUCCAGUGAGGAAGCCGGUCACUUCCACAACCACCUGAGAGGCACAGAAGAAACUUCUGAUCUUCCUGGAAUCGAAAGAGAUGAUUCUGUCAGCAGUGUUCCUGUGCCUCAUAGCUGUGCUGCCUUGGUCCACUGGAAAGGAACAUGUAAGUUUUGAUGCUCUGUCAACUAGCAAAGCAGAUCAGCAAGAGCUGAUUGUUGACAAACACAACGCCCUCAGGAGAGGAGUCAACCCGCCUGCCAGCAACAUGUUGAAGAUGGAAUGGAGUCCUGAAGUUGCGAAGAAUGCUGAAGCUUGGGCAAAUCAAUGUACUUUAAAGCACAGUCCUGCAGACAUGAGGAAAAUCAAUAUAACCUGCGGUGAAAAUCUCUUCAUGUCAACAGCCCCUUACUCCUGGCCAGAUGUUGUUCAGGCCUGGUAUAAUGAGGUGAAAGAUUUCAAGUAUGGCAGCGGAGCAACACAUCCAGGUGCUGUGGUUGGCCAUUAUACUCAGGUGGUUUGGUACAAGUCUUAUAAAGUUGGAUGUGCAGUUGCUUACUGUCCUAAGGCUAAUUAUGCAUACUUUUAUGUCUGCCAGUACUGCCCUGCGGGGAAUAUAAGAGGUUCGCUUGCAAAACCCUACAAAGAAGGAAAUCCUUGUGGUGAUUGCCCUAAUGACUGUGACAAUGGACUAUGCACCAACCCUUGCAAGUAUGUGGAUGCUUAUGGCAACUGUCCUAACUUGGCAAAAUCUUUUGGAUGUACCUUUAACUCUGUUAAAGUGAACUGCCCUGCUACCUGCCAAUGCAAAACUGAAAUAAAGUAA